CCCCGGCGCGCUCUGUGGCGCGGCGCUGAAUAGUGCCCGGGCGGGCCCCGCCCCCGGCCCGCGGCGGAGCGGAACCGGGCAGGCGGGGCGGCGCGGCCCGGAGCCGGGCCAGGAUGAGCACGAAGCAGGUGACCUGCAGGUACUACCUCCAGGGCGUGUGUCGGGAGGGCAGCAAGUGCCUGUUCUCGCACGAUUUAUCGACGAGCAGAUCGUCCACCAUCUGCAAGUACUACCAGAAGGGACAGUGUGCCUACGGGGCGCGGUGCAGGUAUGAUCACACCCGACUUCCUGCGUCGGGGGGUGCAGCGGCCCCAGCGCCGCCUCCGCUCCCGUCGGCAGCACUGCACAACCCUCGCCAUCCUGCCGAGCACAGCGCGCCGGGCGUCAGGAGCAAACUGCAUGAGGCUGGCAGGCGGGAGAAGAAAACGCUGGUGCUCAGGGACAGAAAUCUGUGUGGCCUGAAUGAAGAAAAGCAGAAACCCAGCACCGCAGGCGAUGUGGUGUGUUGCAGUGACCAAAACGAUAAUCCGGAAAUGAAGCCCCAUUCGUAUUUGGAAGCUAUUUGCAGCGGAUUGGAAGACCCGGUAGCUGGAAGCUCCUGUGCGGAUGGAGAGCAGCUGUGUCCUUAUGCUGCAGCGGGAGCGUGCCACUUCGGAGAUCGCUGCCUUUACCUCCACGGAGAUGUGUGUGAGAUCUGUGGAUUGCAAGUACUUCACCCUUUCGACCAAGAACAGAGGAAGGCUCACGAGAUGAUGUGCAUGGCGACCUUUGAGCAUGACAUGGAGAAGGCCUUUGCCUUUCAGGCAAGUCAGAACAAAGUGUGCAGUAUCUGCAUGGAAGUGGUGUACGAGAAACCGUCAGCCUCUGAGCGGAGGUUUGGGAUCCUUUCCAACUGCAAUCACACGUACUGCUUGUCUUGCAUCCGGCAGUGGAGGUGUGCCAAGCAGUUCGAGAAUCAAAUCAUAAAGUCCUGCCCGGAAUGCCGUGUGAUAUCCGAGUUUGUCAUUCCCAGUGCGUACUGGGUGGAAGACCAGGAGAAGAAGAACGAGCUGAUCGAAGCAUUUAAGCAGGGAGUGGGGAAAAAGCCCUGCAAGUAUUUUGAACAAGGGAAAGGAACUUGCCCGUUCGGAGGGAAGUGUCUUUACCUUCAUGCGUAUCCGGAUGGGACACGAGCUGAACCUGAAAAACCAAGGAAACAGCUCAGCUCUGAGGGGACCGUGCGGUUCUUCAAUUCCGUGCGCCUGUGGGACUUUAUUGAAGACAGAGAAAGUAGGACUGUGAGCAGCACAGACGACGAAGUGACAGAACUCGGAGAACUUUUCAUGCACCUUUCUGGGGCCGAGGAGGAUUCUGCUACUUCUCAGUAAAGAGAACGGAAGGUGCUUUCGUCUAUAGCAAUCUAGAGCUAUUUAUUUAGCGAUGCUUUACACUUUCUACAGCACCGUUCGAAUGAAUGUGCCCUGUGGUUUACUUGUGCAGUCCUGGUAAAGUUUUCAGAUAGUUUUUUGUAUGGCAAAAAAAAAAAAAAAAAAACCCAACUAAAAUAUAUUUAAAGAAUGAAAUCGAUUGCAUGGAAAAAUCCCUUACUCCCGAGAGGGUUUCCUCCCUCUUUGGCCUAACGUAAGCUGUCUUGUGAGCUGAGUGGUAGUGUAAAUACAGCUCCUCUCUUAACAUUUAAAGCUGAAGCUGUUAAAAACUGUCGCUAAAUCUAUUUUGGGUGCUCCCCCCUCCCUCCCAAAUCAACUCAAUGUAUAUCUACAAAACCCCACUGGGAAGUGUGGUCAGUGUAGCUUUUUCUUCCUUAAAAAGGAGAUUUACAAACUAAUACGUCACACCUCAAAGCAGUACCUAGAGUUCAGGAUAGAGUUUACUGUAUUCUUACAGUGAGUUUGUUUCAGUAGUGGGGCCGGGACACUGCCUGGCUCUCAAGGACUCUGCCCGUUACGCUCCUACCCUUGUUUUAAAAUACUAAGUGUGUGUAGUGGUAGGAAGUGUCUCUUAGCACACCUGUUGUAAAGCAAAUAGAACUCUAAUACGUUCAGGCAGAGCAACACUGGAGUCACAACUUACAGCGAAAUUAAACUUAGAGCAUGAAUUGGAUUUUGGAAACUGUGUCAUGACAGUAAGUAGCUACUUUUAGUCACUGCAACAGUUGUAGUUACGUUUUUGUUCAAUUUAAAUCGAGGAAACCCUUGAUGCAGGUUAAAAGAAGUAGCCAAGAUUAAAUGCAGUAACUAAAAGUUUUCUGAUCUCCUUACGGCAGUGAUCUUACAGUUUGCAACUGUGCAACCUCGGUAAUUUCAGUUACAAAAUAACCCAUUAGUUUAACAGCCGCUUUCCUGAAGUUCAUGGUGUGGCUGACGGGUACCUGGGCUCUGCCAUCUGCACCUUCUGAGGCGGUAACGGGGUCUUGGAACAGCCUCACCCCCAGCCGCAGCAGAAGUUCAAACGUUUCCCAUGAAGUGACAGGUAGGGGGGCUGCCCGACGGGGGGGUCCUGCCCCGGUGCUGCCCCCCACCACCCCUUUGCCUUUUCCAGAUGAAGGACAGCAAUGUGAAAGGCCCAGCAGGCGCCGGGUCUUAAGGCACACCUCUUCUGCGUUAAUGGAAUUAUUACUGAAUUUUAUUUUUGUUAAAAAUUCAGUUCAUGUUUAUAUUGCAAAAGCAGGUUUCAAUUUGAUGGUGAAAACCGGUUCAAGGAGUUAAUUCUGCCAUCUGUCCUUUGUAUGAACUUUGCAAGUGAAACUGAAAAUUCAGCAAGGACGCAGCUGAAGCGGCUGCUGCGUAAUAGAGCAUGGAAACACCCGAGUACAGGCAGUUUUCUCCAGCACAUUCAGCAUACGGCCCCAAAGUAAGAAGAGGGCCAAUGCAGCCGAGGGCUAAAGGUAAGAGGGCUUGCCCUUGAAAGGUUGCUUAUCUUAACGACUCGAGCAUUUCAGAGGGCUUGAUUGUUGAGGGGACAAAUGGCAUUUCAGAGGGCUUGAUUGUUGAGGGGACAAAUGGCGUUGUGAAGCAGAGUGUGUGAAACCCUUAGGGCAGCGUGGCACACGGGGCGCCGCUCUGAGGGGCAGAACUGGGGUCUGGGUCACUGCCAUAAAGCAAAACAGCAGAAACCGUAACCUGGAUUCAUAAAUGGCACCAGUUAGUGGGGGGGCUUAUCGUUCUGCUUCAGUGGUUGGUUUGCAUUUCCGGGUCAAAACUGAGGCUGAGAAACCUUCUGGAGGGAAACAUUUCAUUUCUGUAAGGGUGCCAGCAGAAGAGGGAGAAACUCCUCCCAUCUCUGCUGGCCAGGUUCCCUCAAACUGAGCGUGCGGGUUUUGCUCUCUCUUCUGACCUAGGAAAUGUAACUUCUCCACAAUCAAGUCCCCCUGAAGUUAAUGUUUAACGAUGCUUACUGCAGCGUCAGGCCUUAGGCUGGCAGUAUCUACAACCACUUGCUUGUCUGCUUCUUUUUAAAACUGGCCUAUGAAGGCACCAGUGAAGGUCUUACUCUGUUAAGUCAUUUUAGUGCAAUUCUUCAUCACUAAUUACAGAGGUGAAGCAAAAUGAAAGUAUCACCAAGAGCGUACUCUCCAAGAAGAAUGCUCAAGAGGAGGUGCCCCGGCAUACCUGAGGCUGCCCUGAGCCUCCCCACGGCAGCUUGUUUCUAGCAGGUCUUGCACAGAUUUCUUUUUGCAGAAAGAAAUAUUUUCAGUAACAAAAUACACCAAAAAGUGUCAAUGAAGAGGACGUUUUUACCUUAAACAAGACAUUCCUGAUUUGCUUUGCCCCAAGACGACAUUAACAGUAGUCUGAAAUUAAAAGGAUAGCUUGUUUUUCAUAGCUACCUAGAGACUAUAACUUAAGAGCAAUCAGACUUUGAAACUCAGACCUUUUAAAUUCUUCACUUAGCAGCUUUCAUCUAAUUUGACAUUAAGUGCUGGUCAAAAUAAGCCUAAUCAUCAAAAAUAUUUUUAUUUUCCAAGAGACACGUAACCCAUUUUAAAAUCAGGAGUUAACGGUUUCUUUUUGGAAAUUACAGCUAAAGUAAACGCUUUUUUUACCGUUUCUCCUUUCCCCUCUCUCCCCCCAAACUUAUUAAAAUAGAAGUAAAAUGACAGAUAAAUUACAUUUAGAGAGGGUUGCAGUUAAAAUACCAGGAAUAUUAUUACAAAUCACACAGAACUAUACAGAACAGUUUCCUUCAACCCUCAACUUACUUUUUAGCAAGCAAGUUUUAUGGUCACGCUCAAUUAUCACUUAAGGAUUGAUAUUUCACCCAUGUUAUGAGAUAUUCUGAGGACGGUGUAGAUAUUAUUCUUUAAGUAUGUGGCUGGCUUAUGUACUACAAGUUCCUCUCUUCCCUUCCAUGGGUGUUUUGCCUGCUGGAAAUAAGCAGCCCGAACAGCCAUUCGGGCGUCACAGGCAGUUAGGAGCUGCCCAUGUACGCUGUCAGAAUUCACAGCACAAGUAUUUUGCCUAAUAAAUUUUCAGCAGCUGUUUAGAUUGAGACAAGAGUGACUACAGCUGUCUUGUCUCUUCACUCAUUGGACCUCAGCGGUGUAUUCAGAGAGGAGCCCCAUAAUGACCUGUAUGCCCAAGGACAGACACAAAAGCCCAAGCUUCCAUUCCAGCAAUGGAAACCUGGCUUCCAUUCUUUCCCUAAUAAAGAUCCUUAAACAGAAUGCUAUUCCAAAAAAUAAAUUCUUAGAUUAAACCACCUGGGUUUUGUCAUCUGUUAAGUUCAGCCAAGGCAAAAUACUCAAUUCUAGCCAAGUAAACAACAGGUUCACAGAAAAUGUAAUGCUGCUCAAAAAUGGUGUAUUCAAAUACCUACACUGAUGUACCAUCCAGUCGGCUUAGCAAGUAGACGCUGCUGAAAGGUUAUCGCAGUAGAAUAAAAAUGAUCUUGUAAUGGAAAUGAUUGGAAACCUAUCGGCUGUCGUAUCAAGUGUGUUUUUACUUGAACUGCUAUUACUUAUCCCAGUAACUUUUAAAACAUUAUUCAGAAUGUAAUUUUCUGAGGUUUUCAAAUCUAGAUGUACAUGUCAGAACUAUGGAUUACUACAUUAAAUGAUGACAUUGAAUCUUAAA